UCUCAGAGUUUCAUACUGACAGACUCAGAGCUCAGCUGAUACGGAACCGGAGGCAGCGUGCAAUGUUCGUUCAAGAUAAUCGGUCUGCCAAGAUGUUCCGAGUAAUUGUACGGGCUGACGUGGGAGCUAUCUGGAUCUUGUUCGGCAUAUUUUGCUGCCAACUUAGUAUCGUUUCGGCAGAUGACAUCGUGGUAGCAUGCGGUGGAUUUGUGAAAUCCGAUGUUGAAAUCAACUACUCCCUGAUCGAGAUAAAACUGUACACUAAGCAAGGGUCCUUAAAAUACCAGACAGACUGCGCACCCUUCAAUGGCUACUUCAUGAUCCCUCUCUACGACAAGGGGGAUUUUGUACUGAAGAUUGAGCCUCCUCUUGGGUGGAGCUUUGAGCCCACCAGUGUUGACCUCCAUGUGGAUGGGGUUAAUGACAUCUGCACCAAGGAACAGGACAUCAACUUUGUCUUCACCGGUUUCUCUGUGUCAGGAACGGUUCUGAGUAAAGGGCAUCUCCUGGGCCCGGCUGGAGUGGAGGUCAGACUUAGCAGGGAAGGAACCGAGGAGAAACAGACUGUUCUCACACAGGCUGGUGGAAAGUAUUCCUUCUUCAAAGUACUUCCUGGAAAUUAUGACAUCACCGCAUCCCAUCCUUCCUGGACUCUGGAGCAGAGCGCCACGUCCGUGCGCGUGUCCAACGCCAAUGCCCCGGCCGUGGAGCCCCUAGUGGUGGGAGGGUACGACGUCGCAGGGGAGGUGCGAAGCGACGGGGAGCCGAUGAAGGAAGUCACCUUCCUCCUGUACUCGGCCAGCGUGAAGAAAGAGGAUAUCAGCAGCUGUAGCACAACCCCGGUUGAGGGGGCUGAGUCCGGGGACGACUCCCUGGUUUACCUCUGCAGCGCCCUGUCCCAGGAUGAUGGCACCUUCACCUUCCCCUCCCUGGCCAGCGGGGAAUACAGCGUGGUGCCCUUCUACAGAGGAGAGAGAAUCACUUUUGACGUGGCUCCCUCGCGCAUGGACUUCCGAGUGGAGCACAACAGCUUGAAAUUGGAGCCCAUCUUUAAAGUGAUGGGCUUCUCCGUGACCGGUCGGGUUCUCAACAGCCAAGAUGGGGAGGGGGUACCCGACGUCACGGUAACCCUCAACAACCAGAUCAGAGUUAUGACAAAGGAGGAUGGUUCUUUCCGUCUGGAGAACAUGACCGCCGGCACCUACACCAUCCGCACCCAAAAGGAGCUCAUGUUCUUUGAGCCAAUCACAGUCAAGAUAGCACCCAACACGCCCCAGCUGCCCGACAUCAUCACCGCUGGGUUCAGCGUGUGCGGCCAGAUCGCAGUGAGCCGCCUGCCUGAGGGCUUGAAGCAGCUGGGCCGCUACAGGGUGACCCUCGCCCCCCUGGGGCAGGACCAGACCGCCGGACGCACCGCCGACUCCGACCAGCAGGGGGGCUUCUGCUUCCAGGCCAAACCCGGGGAUUACAGCGUCCAGGUCAGCCUCCCCGAAUCGGAGGUGAAGGCCGGCCUGGCCCUGAGGCCCCAGUCCCUGGAAGUGUCGCUGGUGGACAGGCCCCUCUCCGACCUGCUCUUCACCCAGUUCAUGGCCUCCGUCUCGGGCAAGGUCUACUGUCUGGCGUCAUGCGAGGACCUGUCGGUGACCCUGCAGCCCGUGAGCCGCCAGGGCGAGAGGAGGAGCGUGCCCCUGUCUGGGACCGGCGAGACCCUGAGCUUCUCCUUCGACGAUGUCAUGCCCGGCAAAUACAAAGUGAGUAUCUCCCACGAGGAGUGGUGCUGGAAGCACAAGUCGGUGGAGGUGGAGGUGCUGGACGGAGAUGUGAUGGGGGUGGAGUUCAGACAGAUCGGCUACAUACUGCGCUGCUCCCUGUCCCACGCCAUCACCCUGGAGUUCUACCAAGAUGGCACCACGCCGGAGAACGUCGGAGUCUACAACCUCUCUAAGGGAGUCAACCGCUUCUGCCUCUCUAAGCCCGGUGUGUACAAAGUCACCCCCCGCUCCUGCCACCAGUUCGAACAGGACUACUACACCUACGACACGUCGGCCCCUAGUAUCCUGACCUUGACGGCGGUCCGACACCACAUGACUGGCCUCAUCACCACCGACAAGAUCCUGGACGUCACCAUCACCAUCAAGUCGUCCAUCGAGAGCGAGCCUGCGCUGGUGCUGGGGCCCCUGAGGAGCCAGGAGGAGCAGAGGCUGGACCAGCAGCUGCAGGAGAUCGAGCUGCGGCGCCAGGCGAGGGAGGGACGGGUCGCCGAGGAGGGGGGCAGCCCCCCCGUCCAGGAGAGGGCCGACGAGCUGGUCGGACCUUUCCACUACGAGUUCUCCUACUGGGGCAGGGCCGGGGAGAAGAUCACAGUCACUCCCUCCUCCAAGGAGCUGCUGUUCUACCCACCGGAGGUCGAGGCCACCAUCACUGGAGAGGCAUGUCCAGGCCGCGUGGUGGACAUUGCGGGCCGGGCCGGCCUCUUCCUGGUGGGCGGCGUGUCUCCGGAGCUCCAGGGGGUGGAGAUCUCCAUCACCGAGAGGGGGGCCGCUGCACCCCUCAUCACCGUGGCUACCAACGAGAACGGGGCCUACAGUGUGGGCCCCCUGCACAGUGACCGCCUGUACGACAUCAGCGCCAGCAAGGAAGGCUUUGUCCUCAGCCCUGUGGAGGGAACCCAGGGAGACUUCAAGGCCUUCGCUCUGGCCGGGGUCACCUUCAAGAUCAGGUCCGAGGACGACGUGCCUCUCUCAGGCGUCCUCCUGUCCCUGAGCGGGGGCCAGUUCCGCUCCAACCUGCUGACCCAGGACACGGGACUCCUCUCCUUCAACAACCUGAGUCCAGGCCAGUACUACUUCAAGCCCAUGAUGAAGGAGUUCCGCUUCGAACCCGCCUCCCAGAUGAUCACUGUGGAGGAAGGAGAGAACCUUAGCAUUAACAUCACCGGCUUCAAGACUGCUUACAGCUGCUACGGUGCGGUGCUGUCUCUGAGCGGCGACGCCGAGCGUGACGUGGCCGUGGAGGCGGUGGGCCAGGGCGAGUGCAGCCUGUACAGCGAGGACACGGUCACCGAUGAGGAGGGACGCUUCCGUCUGAGGGGCCUCCUGCCCGGCUGCAAGUACCUGAUCCAGUUGAGAGCUGAGGGCAACGACCACAUUGAGCGAGCCCUGCCUCAGCACAGAUCCAUAGAGGUUGGAAGCAAUGACAUUGAAGGUGUCAACAUUAUUGCCUUCAGGCAGAUCAAUCAGUUUGACUUGAGUGGGAAUGUAAUCACCUCAUCAGAACACCUGCCUACUCUCUCUGUGAAACUGUACAAGAGUGACAACCUGGACAACCCCAUCAACAGUGUGUCUCUGGGCCAGUCCUUGUUCUUCCACUUCCCUCCCCUUGAAAGAGAUGGAGAGACUUACGUCCUGAUGCUCUACUCCACACUGUCUCGUUCCCAGUUUGACUUCAGCCUUCCCCAGGUCUCCUUCACGUCCUCAGGCUACCACAAGCAUGUCACCCUCACCUUCAACCCCAAUCGCAAAGUGCCUGACCAGGACAUUGCCCAAGGCUCCUACAUCGCCUUGCCCCUCACCCUGCUGCUCCUCCUGGCUGCCUACAACCACGAGAAGGUGAUACCCCUGCUCCUGCAGCUGGUGAACCGUCUCCAGGGCGUCCGCGGCCUGUCCCAGUCCGGCGGAGACAACGCCGCCAUGGACGAGGCCAAACGCCAGGCCAAGAGACAGAAAGCCAGGCGCACAUAGGAUAGAACCCACUAGAAGGGCGUGACGCUCAAAUCCCACACUCACACCCCCAACAGCGUACACUACUUUUGAUCUUGAAUUCUGUGGGGAUAAAGCUGAGAAGUAGUGUACUUUUGAAGGCGUACGAGGCUGUAGUGUGGUUUGAGACCCGAGCCGCGCCUUGGGGAACCGACGGAACAGUACCCUCGCCCCCAACAAGCCCUUGCAUCAGCCAAUAAGACCAUCAUUGCGCGAAAAGGAGUCCAUUCAUUGGCUGUUGCGGUACGCUCAACGGAAAACUUGCUGGCGUUUGCGGCAGCUCUGGGACUCCCAUCACUUUCAAGAACAUUCAUAGCUUUUGUGGGAUUGUCCAUACUGUUAAUGAAUUUGAGCCGUUUUUGUAAUUUGUUAACAUUUUGAUUCUUAUUUUAUUAUUUUGGUCAGUAGGGCAACUGAGCACCAUAUAUUAGGUAUAUAUAACACUGUCACUUACAGAAACUUGAUUAGCAAUUUGUAACAUUGUAACAUCCCAAAAUGCCAUGGCUUUGGAUCCAAACGCAGCCAAAUUGUCAGAUUCGCCAACAAGCCAUUUUUUUUUUUUGAAAGAUUUUCCUCCACUUGUUAAAGCUGUGUAAAAUAUUUGUAGUCUUACCAGUUGUGAAUGGUUAUAAUGGUUGUGUUUGUGAUGGAGUUUUAUAGAGGCUGGGGUUGCCUAAAAAUAAGAGUUUCUGUGAUGAGGUUUAGGUUUGUCUGCUCAGGGAGGGUGGGGGUGGGGAAGGGUUUGAAAUCAUGUGGUUUAUCAAAGAAAUCGAUGAACGCUAGAAUUUUGGUAGGGAAAGCUAAGGUGGCUUGUUAACUUUUCUAGUUGAUUAAUUUAUUAACAUGAUCAUGUAUAUGUCUGAGUUGAUGUGAGUGAUUGAACUGUUUCUUUUACAAGCGUUUUUGUUUUUUUGAAAAAGUAUGUCAGAUUCAAAGUCUAAGAAUUAUGGGAGCCAUUGCUUGUGUGUCUAAGAUAUGGCAUGAUUGAUAUUCGACUAUCACUUAUCCUACCAUGUUUGAACUGACAUAGCUGAUUGAAGAUAAAAAAAAAAAAAAGAUAAUUAUGUGGGCGAUAAUUACUGAAGCAAAUGAAUUGGGUUGCUCUGCUCUACCACUCGAUAAUGUGAAGCACUGUGAAAGAUGUAAGGCUCUGUUUUUUUGUACGUGUGAUUCAUCUGUUCGGUUCACUUACGGCCAAUUUUUAAUAGAAAGUUGGAAGAAAAAGCCCAUGGCUAUUUACCAAGUCGAAAGAUAAGCCAAUUAGGCUAUGGUCGGGAAAAGGAAAUUGGAUGGGGGGGAGGGAGGUUGAGAGGGCUGUAAUUGUCAUUGGUCAAAAUCUGUGAUCUUUUGCGACGAUGAAUAUAGUCUGACUGAAAGGAA